AUGUCGGCCGCCGAAGCACUAGCCCUGGGGAAAUCCCGAUCCGCUCCCAAAGCUGUCCCAGCUGGUGUCCCAGCUGCUGCCCCAGCUCCAGCUGACACCACCACCACCACCACCGACACCAAGUCCACACCAACCUCCUCCAUCAAUAUCGUCAUCCUCGGCGGCAACUUCGCUGGCCUAGGCGUCCUGCACACCCUCGCCCGCCACACCAUCCCAGCUCUGCAGCAUCUUUCAUCCCAAACCACCUCUUCUUCUACGCAGUACCAAAUCACAUUAAUAACCCCCAACACCCAAUUCUUAUUCGUGCCCGCCUCCCCGCGCGCUCUAAUCCAGCCGGACUUACUCCCCGGCGGCGAAGCCAAAGUCUUCCGCCCCCUCUCCGACGCCGUCAAACAAUACGGCGACCUAGUAAAGCUCAAGCAAGCCUACGCCUACGCCGUCGACCGCACCAACCGCCGCGUCCACAUCCGCCAUGUCAACAGCCAUUGGUCCGGCGACGGCAUGCUAGUUCCUCCCGAGGCCGCGUCCACGGUUUCUUACGACGUGCUGGUCAUCGCCACCGGCACCAAGGCAAGGAGCGCGCUAUGGAGUAUGCCUGGCCCCGGGAGCGAGGCGCUCAAGGGUGCGGAGGAGGCUACGCGCAGGGAGUGGGAAUCUAUCAGGAACAAACUGAGAAAUUUGCAAAGUGGUGCGCAUGAACACCAUGACGUGUUGAUUGCGGGCGGAGGACCGGUGGGUGUGGAAACGGCGGGGGAGGUGGCGAGCUGGUUGAAGGCGGAAGGGAAAACGGAGGGGGUGAAGAUUACGUUGCAUUCUGGGGCGGAUAAGCUUCUGAAGAGGAAUUGUGGGGAGGGGUUGGGACGCAAGGCGGAGGAGUAUUUGAGGAGACAGUUUGGGGGGUUGGUAGAGGUUGUGCAUGGUGGUGUCAAAAUUGUUUCGGUGUCUGAGUCUGGUCCUGAGGCGGGAGAUGGGGAAGGCGAGACUACGGUGCAACUAAGCGAUGGCUCGACCAGGACUGUGGCCCUCUACAUUGAUGCCACGGGCGGUCAGGGAAACGCUGAUGCCUUUUUGCCAAAGACCUGGCUUGAUGGCUCUAACCGGGUGGUAACCAAGGACGCCUUCUUCCGCGUUCGCGGCUCUUCAGAGUCUGAUCCUGAGGCUGGGGGGAUCUACGCCGCAGGCGACGUCGUUUCAGGUUCCGAUAACACGCUUAUCGAAACAAACUUCCAGGUUCCCGUCGUUUGCUCUUCUAUCGGCGCUGACCUCGCCUCCCAAAUCCUCGGCCCCGACAGCCAGAAGAAUGGCGUCAAACUCCCAGCACCGUUGAAGCAAAAGACUUUCAAGAACAAACUGGCCGGCACCCUUCUCAUCCCCAUCGGCCCCGGCGGCGGCGUAGGUCAGAUUCUAGGUUGGGGAGUUCCGAGCUUUUUGGUGAAGGUUGCCAAGGCAAAGACGUUCAUGGUUGAUAUGGCUGAGCCGGCUGUUACGGGUCAGCAGUGGAAGUAG